AUGAAGAUAAAUAAACGUUUGACAGCUAGCAUCCUUCUUGCAGUUUCUGUUCGAGCUGAAUUCGACCCAUUGCGCUUCGUUGAUCCAUUGAUCGGUACCAACAAUGGUGGAAACGUAUUCGCCGGAGCUACGUUGCCUUACGGCAUGGCUAAGCCGGUUGCCGACGUCAAUGGACAAAAUACCGGUGGCUUCGCUACCGAUGGCAGUGGUGUAACUGGUUUCUCAGCUAUGCAUGAUUCAGGUACCGGAGGUAAUCCAUCUUUGGGAAACUUCCCUAUCAUGCCCCAAAUCUGUCCAGACGAUGUGAUUGACAAUUGCAACUUUCUUGUUGGUUCGCGUGCUGUCAACUACGAUAAUGCAAGUGUCAAGGCUACUCCAGGCUAUUUUGGUCUGAAAUUGGUAAAUGGUAUUGCUGCAGAAAUGACGGCCACUCGACACGCCGCACUGUAUAAAUUUAACUUUGAAAGUGCUCUUGCAAACAGCUCAGGAACAAAACCCUUGAUUCUACUAGAUUUGACCGAUCUAUGGCAAAGUAGGCAGAAUGCUACAGUCAGCGUGGAUGAAUCGAGUGGCCGUAUUCGUGCGAAUGGGACUUUCCUGCCGAGCUUCGGCGCAGGCUCCUACAGAUCGUUUGUAUGUGUUGACUUUGCAGGUGGUAGUGUCAACGAUACAGGAAUAUGGGUCAAUAACCGUGCAGGUACAGUCGCGCAAGAUCUAUAUGUCACUCGUGGUUUCAACAACUUCUAUCUCGAAGCAGGUGGUUUCGUUAUGUUUGAUAGUUUAUCUAGCCAUACGUUAUAUGCUCGUGUCGGAGUCAGUCUGGUCAGCACCGAGAAAGCAUGUCAGAAUGCUGAAAAGGAGAUUCCUGAGCCUACCUCAGAUUUUGCCAACAUUCAGUCUGCUGCCGAGAAAGUGUGGAGAGAAAAGCUGAGUCCUGUGUCUGUAAAUGCGACGGGCGUCAGCGAGGAUUUCCAGAAAAUAUUCUGGAGUGGUAUCUACCGGACGAUGCUGUCUCCGCAGAAUUAUACCGGUGAGAAUCCACUAUGGAACAGUGACGAGCCUUACUUCGACUCUUACUACUGUAUUUGGGACGCGUUUCGUGUGCAAUAUCCGUUAUUGACAAUAGUCGAUCCUAAUGCUCAAUCGCAAAUGGUUCGUAGCUUAGUGGACAUAUAUAAACAUGAAGGAUGGCUACCCGACUGCCGCAUGAGUCUUUGCAAAGGGUGGACCCAAGGCGGUUCUAAUGCUGACGUGGUCCUGGCUGAUGCAUAUGUGAAGAAUCUCACCGGGAUAGACUGGAACCUUGCCUAUGACGCUUUGGUUAACGAUGCCGAAAACGAGCCGUUAGAGUGGUCCAUUCAGGGACGUGGUGGUUUGCAAAGCUGGAAGAAUCUCCAAUAUAUUCCUUAUCUGGAUUUUGACUACCUGGGAUUCGGAACGAAUUCUCGUUCAAUUUCGCGCACCGUUGAAUAUGCUUAUAAUGAUUACUGCGUGAGCGUGGUAGGGAAAGGAUUGGGAAAGACCAACCUUACAAAAUAUUUGACACGAUCAAUGAACUGGAAAAACAUUUUCAAAGCAGAUCAAACUUCAUUCAUCAAUGGAACUGACACCGGCUUUGUUGGGUUUUUCCAGCCCAGGUAUCUCAAUGGUACAUGGGGUUUUCAGGAUCCUAUCGCUUGCAGUCCGUUAACGGACUUUUGCUCGCUGACUAGUAAUCCGUCCGAGACAUUCGAGUCUAGUGUUUGGGAAUACCAAUUUUAUGUCCCACACGACAUGAGCUCCCUGAUAACCACCCUCGGUGGCCCAGACGAAUUCAUCUCGAGACUUGAUUAUUACUACGAGUCGGGAAUAGCAGAUAUCAGUAACGAGCCCGUCUUCCUCUCCGACUAUUCCUAUCACUAUGCAGGUCGUCCAGGUCUAUCCACCAAACGCGCACAUAGCUACAUCCCGUCAUCCUUCAACACAAGUGAAUCCGGUCUUCCAGGUAACGAUGACUCUGGAGCAAUGGCAUCAUUCUCAAUCUUCUCGCAAUUAGGUCUGUUUCCAGUGGCCGGCCAGAAUGUCUAUCUCAUUUCAAGCCCUUUUUUUGAGUCGGUGAAUAUCACUCACCCAGAGACUAAAAAAACGGCAACGAUUCGAGUAAAGAACUUUGAUCCUACUUAUACUGAUAUGUACAUUAUGAAUGCGACGCUUGAUGGGCAGACGUAUACAAAAAAUUGGAUUGGUCAUGAGUUCUUUUUGAAGGGUCAGACGUUGGAGUUGACAGUAGGGUCUGAUGAGACUGCUAGUUUUUGGGGUAAAGGUGUAGAUGAUUUGCCGCCUAGUUUGUCAUUAAGUGCUCAGCUUUUGUUUUGAUGGGGGUUAUCACAGUCGAUAGUACAUAUGUAGAUAGUGAUAUCAAUAGAUAAUGGAGGCAUUGAAGCUUCCACCUGGGCAAA